GAGAGGGCGCUAUUUAACACUACCGUAUGAGAUUUGUGCUCUCUCGCUCGAUACUUUGUCAUUUUUUGUCAACGUUUUCAACAGUUUGGUCAUGGAGAUUGUACCUAAAGAACUCAGGAACUUGCGGGCAUGUCUCGUUUGUUCUUUAGUUAAGACACUUGACCAGUUUGAACUGGAUGGUUGUGAUAACUGUGAGGAAUACCUGCAAAUGAAGGGCAACAGAGAUAUUGUAUAUGAUUGCACAAGUACAUCCUUUGAUGGAAUUAUUGCCCUCACAAGCCCUGAAGACAGCUGGGUUGGAAAAUGGCAGAGAAUAAAUCGAAAUCAGAAAGGUUGCUAUGCCAUCUCAGUCACAGGGCGACUCCCGAAUGCAGUCAUCAGAGAAUUAAAGAGUCGAGGAAUUACCUACAGAUCCAGAGACACCAGUACAAGAUCAUGAAGAACAAUAUUAGUUUACUUUUUAAGUGUUUGUCUCAAAAGUCUUUGCUUGUAUUAUUUGUCUAAUAUUGUUAAUUAUCCUACGAGGCGUGUCGUGGCCGAGCGGUUAAGAGCACCGAACUCAAGUUCUGCUGUUUAUGUUCAGCAGAGUGUGGGUUUGAA